UCCUUUCUUAAGAUUCAAUUCGACUACUUACUAUGUUGAUUAUUUUUUAACCUAAUUUAUCCUUUCCGCUCUUUUCGCUCCGUCACGGAAAUGUAACCAAAAAUCGAACGCCGUAUUAUACUAACAUCGAUUUCUUAAUUAUUUGUUUUCAUAACACUUUCCUCGUUAUUCUUUUCGUCUCUCUACUUUUAGCAGUAACAUGCAUGCCAAAAUGAGAAAACUGUAAGAACAAACAGUUCUCUAACUCGCCGUUUCUGUUUGUAUACAUUAACAAUUGUGCCUACGGGCACGGUAGUUAGGCUUUCAUAGCUUUUCUUUUGCAUCGUUAAUUUUAAUUUCGCGUAUUGGUGUACUUAGAACUAAGCAGAAUAUUACGUUAACACAAUCACCAGAAAAAAACAGAAACAAAAAACAAACGAAUGGCACAACACACAUGUGCAUGUAUGUUGCUCGAUGGACACCAAACAGUACACUACCAAUCGGUGUACAAAAUCGUUCAAAGUGGAAAGUGGUUGCAACGGUUUCGCGUUUAUCUGUUACGGUUGUGACGAUUCUUAUCAACGUCGGUCGUACAGAGAGAUUGGGCUGCGUGCAUUCUUAUCGUGUUCGAGCCACCGAAAAAGCGAUCGAUGAACUUGAAGAACAGUUCGGUCCAAAGGUCUUUGGCGGUGUACAUUUUCAAUGUUUAGUUUCCAAACCCCGAAACAAUUUGAGACAUCGAAAGAACGGGUCAUGAGAAACUAUGGGUGACACAUUACGAGAUAGUGCGUGUGGUGGCACUGUGCUGGGAUAUGUAUUAAUCCUACGACGUUAGGACCGUGAGGAUCAGACUGUGCAAGCAACAAAGCCGGCUGCUGACCCGAUAGUCAAUAGCCGAUAACAUGCGGACAGGAAAUGCACCUUAUGUGUGCACGAAUGUGCAUGUGUGUUUGAUUUCUUUAUCGCAACCCGAGCCCGCGUACUCGACAUGCCGCAUGUGUUUCGUAUUUUUUAUGAUGGUUGGUACUGCGUGGCGUGGUGCAAAGUCCACAUGGCGAGAGGUAAACGCAUGUUGUUAAUAGUUCCCUUUGCUUCAGAAAAGAAGAUAAAGAGAGGUAGUAUUGAAAAGGGGAAUGGGACUGGUUCCGCCUUUCGCACGCCCCGGUGACCGAUAAGAAAUCGAACGAGGAAAGCGAAGAAAUAAAUAUGUUCGAGCUACAUUUUUCGUUCAAAAUUAGCUUACAAAUGGGUUUCUCAGGAGGCUCGUCGUAUAAAAUUAAGCUUCCAGAGCUUCCAAAGUCCAACAUUUCAAAGCUUUUCAAAAGCCUUUGUCACGAGGCACGUCACAGGGUUCCUGGUGCACCGUCAUAGAUUGUAAUUGGUUGCACGGUUGCAAUGGCGAAUUAUCACAAUCUCUGACCCUGGUUACCGUAAUCUUAACCGAAACCGAAACCGAAACCGAAAGCAGACCAGUAAGCUUUACUUUUAUGACACCUUCAAUCUGCAAUUGCAGUCCCAGAAAUCUGGCGAUACGUGAUGGUUGGUGCGGGGAGACGAUCACGAUAAGCUCUAGCGCAGUGGAGGGUGUAGGGGGAGUUGGGAAUUCACUGGACCCCCGGUCUCCUUACAUAACGAUCGUGUCCCCGUCCUAAGGCUCGUGGCGGAGAUUUGCAAAUCCCACACAUCAAUAAACUUUUAAUGCGCCCUCUUCACCGUUAUCGGGUGGUCGAGUUGGAUUAUUGUCGGUGGAGAUGUGUGGUAAUAUCGGUGGCUCACAGUCAAAGGUGGCAGAAAGUCCCGGGGAUAGUGCAUGUGUGAGAGUUUGGUGCAACCUGUUAAGCCAUCCAACCACCACCAGCGGAUUCCGUUUUGACGCAUCUAUGCCGUUAGGAGGAGAGGUUACUACGGGGUGUGGGUUGCAGUGCCUGUGCGAAUGCAUGGUGGUUAGAAGCUGGGAGUAAAACAAAAACAAAAACUCAAACAUUGUCCGGUUCGUUCUCUCUCCCAUGGAGUUAUCUGGCUGACCGGCAGUUGAGCGGACUUUUAUCAUGAUGUGCGUAAACCUGUGCUCGGGAUUUACAACCAAGGUUAACCAAAACGCGCCUGUAGGAUACAACCCGGGGAAAGAAAGCCCGAUACGAGAAUGUUGUCGCUUUCGUCGUAGUUGUCGUCGUAUUCGUCGUAUUCUUCUCGGGGUCGGGUGUUGGUUGGCAAGAUAAGAUUGGUGUGAUAAGUGAGGUUUCCCCCGUGGCAUAUCCUAACCGGCGGCCGGCACACCACCACCAAGGGCGCGAUUCCUUUGCAGGCUUUUUCCUGGUAGUAGUUGUUGCUCCGCUGUUACUACGUCUUUGGUUUUUGUGCGUUUUCUUGAGCCCAUGUGCUCUGUUGCUGCUGUUGCCGGUGGUGGUUACGCCUUUUAUGUUUGUGACCGUGCCGGUGCACCGUUCAGUUCGUGCUACUACACGCUACAGUGCGGUGGUUCUUGACAUCGAUCCGCUUCGGUUUCUCGUGUGCCGGUCCAGUGCUUGCCCUGCCCUGCUGUGUUGUGUUUUGAUCGCUGAGAAACGUUGUUACACUUCCCCAGGCUAGCCGACAGGACAUCGCGAUGACUCACAAACAGAAAGACAUGGAAAGCGUCUGGGUGCAGUCGGCGAUCGGGGCGAUCAAGAUCAUCACGAUGGUGUACGACAUCAUCACGAUGCCGAUCUAUCUGGCCAUCCAGCGACCCUGGAAACGAAGACAGCUCGCCCGCCGGGUGAAGGCCAAGAUCAUCCAGCAGGACAGCAGCUCGAUCACGUACCGGUCGGUCGAUUCGCCCGGUGAGAUGCACGUAAAGAUGAUGCAGAACAACAUCGACACGCUCGAGCGUAUGUUCAACUUCGUCACGAAGGUGCACACCACCAAGCGGUGCAUCGGUACGCGCCAGAUCCUGGGCGAGGAGGACGAGAUGCAACCGAACGGACGGAUGUUCAAGAAGUUCCGCAUGGGCGACUACGUGUGGCGCAACUUCAUCGAGACGGAGCACGCGGCCGCCUGCUUCGGUCGCGGCCUGCGCGAGCUGGGCCAGGAGCCGAAGCAAAACAUCGUCAUCUUUGCCGAAACGCGGGCCGAAUGGAUGAUUGCGGCGCACGGUUGCUUCAAGCAGAACAUGCCGGUGGUGACGAUCUACGCCACGCUCGGGGAUGACGGUGUGGCGCACGGUAUCAACGAGACGGAGGUAACGACCGUGAUUACGUCCCACGAGCUGCUGCCCAAGUUUAAGAGCGUACUGAACGUGACGCCGAAUGUGAAGAAAAUCAUCUUCAUGGAGGACCAGCUGCACCCGACCGAUACGACCGGCUUCAAGGAGGGCGUGGAAAUCAUCCCGUUCAGCAAGGUGAUCGAGAUUGGCAACACGAGCACGAUCCCUGGAUCCCCGCCGGCCGCUGAAGACACCGCCAUCAUCAUGUACACGUCCGGCUCGACCGGUACGCCCAAGGGUGUCCUGCUGUCGCACGCCAACUGUAUCGGCACGAUGAAGAACUUCUGCGAUAUCUUCAAAAUCUAUCCGGACGAUGUGCUGAUCGGGUUCCUACCGCUGGCGCACGUGUUUGAGCUGCUGGCCGAGAGUGUGUGCUUGCUCACGGGCGUACCGAUCGGCUACUCGACACCGCUCACACUGAUCGACUCGAGCAGCAAGGUGAUGAAGGGCUGCAAGGGCGAUGCGUCAGUGUUACGGCCGACUUGCAUGACCUCGGUACCGCUCAUCCUGGAUCGAAUUUCGAAGGGUAUCAACGACAAGGUGAACGCAGAAGCACCGAUGAAGAAAGCGUUCUUCAAGUUCGCGUACAACUACAAAUCGAAAUGGACUGCUCGUGGCUACCAGACACCGCUAAUGGACAAGAUUCUUUUCAAGAAGAUCGCAAAGUUGCUCGGAGGCCGCAUCCGCAGUGUACUGUCCGGUGGUGCUCCACUUGCACCGGAUACGCACGAACAGAUUAAGCUAUGCCUGUGCGUCGAUGUGAUCCAGGGUUACGGUCUUACGGAAACUACUGCCGGAGCGGCAGUAAUGGACAAAUGGGACAUGGAGUACAGCCGAGUCGGUGCACCGUCCUCAAGCAAUGACAUACGAUUGAUAAACUGGGAGGAAGGAAACUAUCGGGUCACGAAUAAGCCCUACCCGCAGGGCGAGAUCGUGGUCGGCGGGACAACCGUAUCGAAGGGCUACUACAAGCUCCCUGGCAAAACGCAGGAAGAUUUCUUCGAGGAGGACGGCCAGCGAUGGUUCCGUACCGGUGACGUGGGCGAAAUCCAUCCCGAUGGUGCGCUUAAGAUUAUUGAUCGUAAGAAGGACUUGGUGAAACUGCAGGCGGGCGAAUAUGUGUCGCUGGGCAAGGUGGAAUCGGAACUUAAAACAUGCCCCGUGGUGGAAAACAUCUGCGUGUACGGUGACUCCACGAAGCAGUACACCGUGGCGCUGGUUGUGCCGAAUCCGAAACAUCUGGAGGAGAUCGCAGAGCGGCUGGACAUUCGCGGGGUCGAGUUUGAGGACCUGUGCGACAACAAGAAGUUGGAAAAGGCCGUACUGCAGGAACUGGCUGACCAUGGUCGUAAAUGCAAACUGCACCGUAGCGAAAUUCCCGCCGCCGUACACCUGUGCAAGGACAUCUGGACGCCCGAUAUGGGUCUGGUGACGGCCGCCUUCAAGCUGAAGCGCAAAGACAUCCAGGAACGGUAUCAGGCCGAAAUUAGCAAGAUGUACGCGUCGUAGAUUGCGUUGUUGGUGGUACCGGCUAUAUUAGCACCAACAGUCAAACUACUUCCACAAAACAACACAACAACCCACAACGCGCGCAUGCAGACAUACAAACCAUACACACAACAUACCAAGAGAAAGAAGAAGCGCGAUUUGUACGUAAGGCUGUAGAAAUUAUUCACAUAGAACGAACGCAAAGACAGCAAGCUCUAAAAGUAGCAUUACGCAUAUAAGAUCCGUGAUCGUCGUCGCACCCGUCACCGGUGCGUGAGCUAUCGCGGACGAUGGGCGCCAAAAUCGCUUCGAUCUCUUCGUUCGCUCUCUUACCAACACCUACCCCCUCCGGCCCUGGCUCUCCGUCAGUGCGUUCGCGCUCUUCUCGUGCUCCUUUCGCUCAGAGGCAUGGCACUGGAAUUACUUUGCGAACUGUUUGAAAAGGACAUCACCUCCCAAUCCUCCCCACACCCAUUAUAUCCAUCCUCGGAACCAUGUGGAUGGAUUGUACCAUUGGGUACUAAGUGUAAAGCAACACUACUACUACUACCAAGCUGUGGCGCUGGACGUUCAAGCAAGCAGGGGCAGAGGAACACAAGGAGCAAAGCAACAUUUCACACACUACCGAUGGAAAGGAAUUGCAUUCGAGAGGAAAAAAAAUGGGGAAAAUGCACCCGUGGAGAUGCGAAGAGGGAAAGUGAGAGAGGGAGAGAAAGAGAGUAAUAGAGAGAUAAAGCCGACAAGAUGAAGUUUUGUUUCAUCUUCUUAAGUAAUGCUAAUGCUAGUGCGGCACCCACCACGUGGCUAGUCGUAUUUCUGGUACCUUCGAGUGGAGUAAUAUUGUUUUUUGUUUGUUUGUUUGAUCGUUUUUUCGUUUCAUUAUGCAUAUACAUUUUUUCUACUCGUCAUCGGUUUCUUCCUGUACUUCUUGGUUAGCUAUAGUUUAUCGUUUUUGUAUUUUUUAGUACGAUAGAGCACACAGCGCACGACGGUUGCGCGUUCGUUCACCUCGAUAUGUGUGAGGUGUGCGUGCGUAGUGUGAGAAAAAAGAAGAAGAAAAAAAAGCGCGAUUAUAAACAUUACAAUUGAG